AGCUAGGACCAGUUUUGUUAGCCAGCAGCUGCCCUAGAUCGACCUCUCCAAAAAUAGCCAUUUAACUCUGAACUCCUAUUUAAGAAUGUAACUCGUUUUUUUUUUUUUUGUUUUUUUUUUCUGUCUCUUUAUUUUCAAGGUUUAAAGGGAAGCUGCGAGGAUUCCAAGGUCCCACCGCCCUCACAGCCAAUGAAGAGCCUGGGAGGGUGGAGCUUGGGGCUGCUUGGUGCAGCUCUUGCUUCUGAGGAAAUCACCCCCAGUAAAUGCAGUGGAGUCGGAGCUCUGCUGCAUCUGUCACAGUAGAACAAAAUAAAAAACAGAAGAGGAGAGACGCUGCAGACUAUGGAACACUGUAGGACUUCCUGGAAUAUUUGCUGAGAAUUCCCGAGGAGCAUGAUCUUUUAAAAACCAAUUCUUUUUGAAACUGGUUUGGAUAACUAGGAAAAUGACACAUAUGCUAAAUGCAGCAGCUGAUCGAGUGAAAUGGACCAGAUCGAGUGCUGCUAAGAGGGCUGCCUGCCUAGUGGCUGCGGCAUAUGCUUUGAAAACCCUCUAUCCCAUCAUUGGCAAGCGUUUAAAGCAAUCGGGCCGAGGGAAGAAAAAAGAGGAAGCUUACCCGGCUGCAGAGAACAGAGAAAUACUGCAUUGCACCGAGACCACUUGUAAAACACCUUCGCCAGGAGUGAAUGCAGAUUUUUUCAAACAACUACUAGAACUUCGGAAAAUUCUCUUUCCAAAACUUGUGACCGCUGAAACCGGGUGGCUCUGCCUCCACUCAGUUGCUCUCAUCUCAAGAACCUUUCUGUCUAUAUAUGUAGCUGGUCUGGAUGGGAAAAUUGUGAAAAGCAUUGUGGAAAAGAAGCCUUGGACUUUCAUUAUCAAACUAAUCAAGUGGCUCAUGAUUGCCAUCCCUGCCACUUUUGUCAACAGUGCAAUAAGGUACCUUGAGUGCAAACUGGCUUUGGCCUUCAGAACUCGCCUAGUAGAUCAUGCUUAUGAAACCUAUUUUACAAAUCAGACUUAUUAUAAGGUUAUCAAUAUGGAUGGUAGACUGGCAAACCCUGAUCAGUCUCUUACAGAGGAUAUUAUGAUGUUCUCCCAAUCUGUGGCUCACUUGUAUUCCAAUCUGACCAAACCUAUUUUAGAUGUAAUUCUGACCUCCUAUACACUCAUCCAAACUGCUACAUCUAGAGGAGCAAGCCCAAUAGGGCCCACCCUGUUAGCAGGGCUUGUGGUGUACACCACUGCUAAAGUCUUGAAAGCCUGCUCUCCCAAAUUUGGUAAAUUGGUGGCUGAAGAAGCUCACAGGAAAGGCUAUUUGCGGUAUGUGCACUCCAGAAUUAUAGCCAACGUGGAAGAAAUUGCUUUUUACAGAGGACAUAAGGUAGAAAUGAAGCAACUCCAGAAAAGUUACAAAGCUUUAGCAGAUCAGAUAAACCUCAUUUUAUCCAAGCGUUUGUGGUACAUCAUGAUAGAGCAGUUUUUGAUGAAGUAUGUUUGGAGCAGCAGUGGAUUAAUUAUGGUGGCUGUACCGAUUAUCACUGCAACUGGCUUUGCAGAUGGUGAAGAUGGCCAGAAACAAGCAAUGGUUAGUGAACGAACAGAAGCCUUCACCACUGCUCGAAAUUUAUUGGCCUCUGGAGCUGACGCUAUUGAAAGAAUUAUGUCUUCAUACAAAGAGAUCACUGAAUUGGCUGGCUAUACUGCUCGAGUGUAUAAUAUGUUUUGGGUCUUUGAUGAAGUAAAUAGAGGCAUUUAUAAGCGAACUGCUGUCAUCCAAGAGCCAGAAAACCAUAGUAAGAAUGAAGUCACCAUGGAAUUACCCCUCAGUGACACCUUGACAAUCAAAGGAAAUGUGAUUGAUGUGGAUCAUGGAAUUAUUUGUGAAAAUGUUCCCAUAAUUACACCAACAGGAGAGGUAGUGGCUUCCAGGCUAAACUUCAAAGUACAAGAAGGAAUGCAUCUUUUGAUAACGGGUCCCAAUGGUUGUGGGAAAAGUUCUCUCUUUAGAAUUUUAAGUGGUCUGUGGCCUGUCUAUGAAGGAGUCCUCUAUAAACCACCACCCCAACAUAUGUUCUAUAUUCCACAAAGGCCAUACAUGUCUCUUGGAAGUCUUCGGGAUCAAGUCAUUUAUCCUGAUUCAGUGGAUGAAAUGCAUGAUAAAGGCUAUACAGACCAAGAUCUAGAAUGUAUUCUGCGAAAUGUUCACCUCUAUCACAUAGUUCAAAGAGAAGGAGGAUGGGAUGCUGUUAUGGACUGGAAAGAUGUCUUGUCAGGAGGGGAAAAGCAAAGAAUGGGCAUGGCUCGCAUGUUUUAUCAUAAACCUAAAUAUGCAUUGCUGGAUGAAUGUACCAGUGCUGUGAGCAUUGAUGUUGAAGGAAAGAUAUUUCAAGCUGCAAAAGGUGCUGGAAUUUCCUUACUGUCUAUAACACACAGGCCUUCUCUUUGGAAAUAUCAUACUCAUUUGUUACAGUUUGAUGGUGAAGGAGGAUGGCGCUUUGAACAGCUGGAUACUGCUAUCCGUUUAACACUGAGUGAAGAAAAGCAAAAGCUAGAAUCCCAGCUAGCUGGAGUUCCCAAAAUGCAGCAGAGACUAAAUGAACUAUGCAAAAUAUUGGGAGAAGACUCAGUGCUGAAAACAAUCAAAAAUGAAGAUGAGACUUCCUAAUGUGUUUUGACAUAUUUUUUAAAUUAUUUUUUAGGUAAAGGCUUUAAGAAAUCAAGAACACUUUGUUAUAGUGCAUGCAUUCUGUUAAACUAAGCACAGAGAAAAAAGAUAGCAAGAAACAUUCUAUAAAAGGUUAGCUUCAAGGAAAUAUGUGACUUGAAUUUUCAGAAGAAAAUAAACAAUGCAUUAUGUAAAGAUUAGUCAUGGAUUAUACUAAUUCCCACUGGAAACUAAUUCACCUAUGAAACAGGAUUUUUUAAGUGAAUUCAUGAUGAAUGCCAUAUUUGCUAUGUGUAUGUGAUGU